AUGUUGGAGCCGGACCCGACAAUAACCAAACUCCACUUCUUCGCCGACGCCUCUCAAGGAGCUUACGGAUCCUGUUGCUACGUACGAGCAGAAACCAGUGGCGGAGUAUCUGUUCAGCUACUGACGGCAAAAUCAAAGGUCGCGCCGUUAUCCAGUCGACAUUCCAUCGCCCGGCUGGAACUCUGUGCUGCACGACUAUCAACGCAGCUAUUCGAGAAGGUGGUUUUUGCCUUGAAGAUGUCACCACCCGCUUAUUUUUGGACGGACUCCACUACCGUUCUCCAUUGGCUACGAUCUCCUCCAAGCCGUUGGAAGGCUUUCGUAGCGAACCGAGUGUCACAAAUCCAACACUCGACCGAUGUCAGUCACUGGAAGCACGUAUCCGGUCUCGACAACCCCGCUGACGAUAUUUCACGUGGACUCAGCCCUGUCGACAUGCUACAAUGCAAGCGCUGGUGGAACGGCCCAAUCUGGUUAUCACUCGAUUCAGAUCACUGGCCGAAUCUCAUUCCCACCGACGAAGAAGCAGAGACUAUCACCGAAGAACGCAAUGUGUCAUACGUUACGAUGAGCGUCUUACAGAACGAGUUCCAUGACAAUCUGUUUGCACGUUACUCCAGUUUCUCCAAGCUUCGUCGCGUUACUGCUUUCUGUUUACGAUACCUGCAAUCCUUGCGAGCACGCGCAGUACUGCGUCGAACGGAAGCAGACAGCUACCACCAACUCAGUAUUCGCAACGAUACCGUUUCUCCAGUCUCCACCGACGAAUUGCAACGUGCUGAACUUCAUCUGUGUCGGCUAGCUCAACAACAAUCGUUUCCUGCAGAGAUCUCUCACCUAUCGAGCGGUGAACCAGUCAUCAAAUCAUCCGCCAUGAAGUGGCUGAAGCCAUACAUCGACGAAGAUCACAUUAUUCGCGUCGGUGGCCGGUCUCCGAUUACGUCAAGCAUCCUAUCGUACUCUCUGCCAAACACCCGCUGUCGACUCUGCUGCAAGCCCACACUAGUCCAGCAGAGCACAGCAGAUCUUCCGGCAUCGCGAGUCUCUCCAACUCGUCCGUUCUCCGUCUGUGGAGUCGACUACUGUGGACCAUUCCUGUUGAAGGCAACCGUCCGCAAUCAUGCUCCAACCAAGGCUUACGUGGCAAUCUUCGUUUGCUUCGCCACGAGAGCCGUCCACAUCAAGCUUGUUAGCGACCUCACUACAGCUGCUUUCCUGGCAGCCCUCCGUCGUGUGGUUGCUCGAAGAGGAAGAAUCGCUGAGCUGCACUCGGACAAUGCGACAACUUUCAAGGGUGCGUCACACGCACUCAACCGUAUCUACCAGAUGCUGAAGGUGGACAACAACGAUCGGGAUCGGAUCUUCAAUUGGUGUGCGGAGAACGAGAUUCGGUGGAAGUUGAUUCCGCCACGUGCACCGCACUUUGGCGGGCUUUGGGAGGCUGCCGUCAAGUCAGCAAAGAAGCACCUCCUGAAAAUAGUAGGCAACACUAACAUUGCCUAUGAACAGAUGUUGACUCUACUGGCACAGGUCGAAAUGUGCCUCAAUUCCCGUCCGCUGACUCCGAUGCCAAGUGAACCGUCCGAUCUGGAGGUCCUAACUCCAGGACAUUUUCUCGUCGGGGCCAACCUUCAAGCGGUACCCGAUGCUGAUUUUCGAGGGAUUCCUGACAACCGUCUGGAAGUUUACGAUGUGGUUCAGAAGCAUCUUCAGAACAUCUGGGCCCGCUGGUACCCGGAGUACCUUCAACAGCUACAGUCACGGGCAACAAAAGGCUGCAAUCCCCCGGUCACCGUUGAGGUGGGCCGCAUCGUCGUCGUGAAGGAAGACAACAUCCCUCCUGCUAGCUGGCCACUCGGGCGUAUUAUGAAGCUGCACCCGGGGCGGUCUUUCCUGGAUGUCGAUCUAUUUGGUCCCUGGUUGCUGGAGCCGAUUGUAUUCUCCUGGUGCUAUGAUAAGCUGUGUCAGCUUCGGCGGGGAUGCAUGGCAAGAUGCCACAAACAACAGGAUGAUGUACGGGUGCUGAUCGAACGUGUCGAUCCUGUCCGGACCUCUCGAGGGGCUGGACCAUCGUUGGCGUAG